AUGCCAAGGCAGAAUCGAGUUGUGGAGGGUUUGAUUCCCGAAUCCUGCAAGAUCCGAAAGAGGGGUUGCUCUUCGUCUUCGUCUUCUGUGUUGCAGAAUUACCAAUUCAAGCGGGACAUUUUGGUGGGUAAGCCUCCGGGAUCCAGAUUGAGCACUCCGGUUCCGUCUUGGAGGACAACGGCGGCGGCUUUGGAUUCUCGCAAGUAUGCGCCGUCGCAGAGCGGUGGUGGGAGGUCGAGGCCAGUGUCUGCGAGGAAGCUGAUUUUGACGUUUCUUCAUGCUUGCGAGGGCGAUGUAGUGACUAAGCUCACCAAUGAGAAAAUACCUUACUUUAAUGCUCCAAUUUAUCUUCAAAACAAGACCCAGAUUGGCAAAGUUGAAGAAAUUUUUGGUCCCAUCAAUGAAUCCGACAUGCUUCCAAUUUUAACGGAACUUCGUCAUGCAUUGGACAUGCAAGUAGCGCUUGAAAACCAUGUUGAGGAAGGAAACUUCUUUAAGAUCUUGAGAGAGUACAUGGAUUUACUUUUGGGGACAGUCUUGAUGAUAGUAAGAAAAGCAAGUGGCGUCACUUCAGAGCAAGGCUUAACAGGGCUUAUUUCAAUGCACCUGACGGAGACGAGCCUCUGGCUUUGGACAUGGGGAGUAUGGGAAAAAGUCAAGUAUGGAUUAAUGGUCAGAGCAUUGGAAGAUAUUGGACAGCGUUCGCAACUGGUAAUUGCAAUGGACAUGGGGAGUAUGGGACAAGGUCUCUUUGCUUGAUCAAGCACAAGGCUGAUGCUUGGUGAAAAGAACAUGCUUGGUGAAAAGAAUGAUCAAGCACAAGGCUGAUGCUUCAAAACCAUAUAUAUUCCUUCCUGUUUUCAUGGCAUCUUUAUUGUAUAGAAAAUAUUUGGUAGACUACUAGU